CAUCCUUCCAGCCGAAAGUUGACCUUUUUUCGCCUUCGAUAGAAACUGCCCCAWCGGAAUCUCGCCUCUUCGUUCGUCUCUUUUUGUUCACAAAAUUAAUUUGACAUAAAUUAUAAUCUAAAAAUUCCAAUAUGAAGCUUGCCAUUCUUUCCGCCCUCAUCGCCUCUGCCGCCGCCUUCGCUCCUGCCCAGCAAAAGGCCUCCUCGACUGCCGUCAAGGCCUUCGAAGACGAGCUCGGUGUCCAGGUGUGUAUCUAUGAUGCGUUUCGUGAUCAUGCAGUAAUUCCUUCAAUGCUUAUACGUGGUCUUGAUCAUYCAGUUUCACUGCCUUUAGUCUGUUCCACUCAUCAAUCCAUCGCGCGUUGACUUCCUGCACACUGUCCUUCAAUGAUCCACAGCCUCCUCUUGGUUUCUUCGAUCCCCUUGGUAUGCUCAACAAYGCUUCCCAGGAACGUUUCGAUCAGCUCCGAUACACCGAGUUGAAGCACGGACGURUUUCCAUGCUUGCCGUUGUUGGAUUCCUCAUCGAAUACGCCGGAGUCCGUCUUCCUGGAAACAUUGACUUCUCUGGAGAUACAUUCGCUGACAUCCCUGCCGGAGCUGCCGCUUUGUCCGCCAUCCCUAAGGGAGGACAAGUUCAGCUUUUCGCCUUUAUCUUCGUCUUGGAAUUCAUCAUGCGUGAUAACUCCGGCGAGGGUGAAUUCRUCGGUGACUUCCGCUCUGGAACCAUCGACUACGGAUGGGAUGACUUCGAUGAGGAAACAAAGAUGCAGAAGCGUGCCAUCGAGCUCAACAACGGACGUGCUGCCAUGUUGGGAAUUCUUGGUCUUAUGGUCCACGAACAGCUCGGAAACCUUGACUCCAUCCUUCCUCUUUAAGUUGUUGGAUUUGUCAGUACCAAGCUCCUGUGGAUAGCGCCACUUCUGCCUCGUAACGUUUGUUGCUUGAGUGCACUUAGGAUGUGGACCGAUCAUCUCCGCUCGCUGUGUCUGGUUUGCCUCAAUUGAUACGAAAUAAUAGAAAUUCUAUGUUGACUAUUAAAACAAGUGUCCAUGGUGCGCAUUUUCUAGUCUAAUUAGCGUCAAAUAAUUGCACCUUUUUUGA